CUCUCUCUCUCUCUCACACACACAAGAGACUCGUUGCAAGGGGUGUUCUGAGUUGUAGGUGCUUCGUUGAUAAUAUUUGGUUAUUCAAUUGUUUAGAUCACAUUCAAAAAUGGUGAAGGCAGUUGCGGUUCUUAGCAGCAGUGAGGGUGUCAGUGGCACCAUCCUAUUCAGUCAAGAGGCAGAAGGUGCUCCCACUACUGUUACUGGAAACCUUUCUGGCCUCAAACCUGGACCUCAUGGUUUCCAUGUUCAUGCACUUGGUGACACAACCAAUGGAUGCAUGUCAACUGGACCUCACUACAAUCCCCAUGGAAAAGAGCAUGGCGCACCUGAUGAUGAAGUUCGCCAUGCUGGUGAUCUUGGGAAUGUCACAGUAGGCGAAGAUGGUUCUGCAAAGUUCACCAUUGUUGAUAAGCAGAUUCCGCUAAUUGGAUCACAAUCCAUUGUUGGAAGGGCUGUAGUUGUUCAUGCAGAUCCUGAUGAUCUUGGAAAGGGAGGCCAUGAGCUGAGCAAAAGCACUGGAAAUGCUGGUGGAAGAGUUGCAUGUGGUAUCAUUGGAUUGCAGGGUUGAUUUCUGUGCUCAUCUCUCUUCCAUAUUGCCAGGGAAUACUGAGGCUUGUUUUCUUGAAAAUCUAUAUGUAUCCCAAAGCUAUGGUUGUGUUUGUACUGCGUCCUUUAAUAAACUAUUCCCUGUGCUUAGCUGAGUACUCCUUUUGAAUUAUGAGACAUCUUUUAUCCCUUGAUGAUACAACUUUUGAAAAUACUUGUGCUUC